UUAAAAGUCAUUUCAGCGUGACAUAUUGUUGAAAUUGUGUCAAUUGUGUUUUCGACUCUUCGUAUGAUCUUGAUGAUAUUUUAGCCAAAACAUUAUUUUGUUUGUGUAUUGAUAAUUUGAUACUCUAGAGCUAUGGAUAUUUUGAAAGCUGAAAUUGCACGUAAACGAAAACUUCUUGAAGAAAAGAAUAUUAUAGACCCUAACACGAAUAAGAAAUAUUUCAAGAGAGGGGAACUUUUGGCUAAAGAACAAGAAGAAUACUUAAAGAAAUACGGUCCUCAAGUUAGUGAACCAGAAGACAACAAGCCAGACAUAAACAACGAAAAAGGUGACAGACAAGCAAGAAAUGAUGCAGAAAACACAGAGAUAGUUGGACUGCCGAGAACAGAGGUGAUAAAAAGGUUGAGGGAAAGAGGUCAUCCUAUUUGGCUGUUUGGUGAAAAUGAACUGCAAUCAUUUAAAAGGUUGAGACGGAUAGAGAUUCAGGAACCGGAAGCCAAUAGAGGUCUCAGGAAUGAUUUCCAAGAAGCUAUGGAAAAAGUGGAUGAAGCUUAUCUAAAUGAAAUAUUGGCACUGGGAACACAGAUUGACACUGAGAAACAAAUAAAGGAAGAUGCUCUAGAUGACUCUAUCACAUAUGACUUUAUUCAAGAGAUGGCGAAAACUAUGGGGCAGGGAGACAAGAACCAUGAUAUGAAUGUUAUAUUAGCUUUGUUACAGUUUCUCUUAAAACUAUGGGGACAACAGCUGAACUCUGCAACCGGAGCAGAAAAGACAGCAGUCAAACACAAAAUGACAAGAGCCACAUUCACACAAACACAAGUGUAUUUGAAACCGCUUGUAAGGAAACUGAAAAAGAAGAAUCUUCCAGAUGAUAUCUGUGAAAGUCUCUGUGAGAUAACUAAACAUUUGCUUGAAAGAAACUACAUAAUGGCAAGUGAUGCAUAUUUACAGAUGGCAAUAGGUAAUGCACCUUGGCCUAUUGGUGUCACUAUGGUUGGUAUCCACGCUCGUACUGGACGAGAAAAGAUUUUCUCCAAAAACGUAGCUCACGUUAUGAACGACGAAACACAAAGGAAGUACAUACAAGCAUUGAAGAGAUUAAUGACAAAAUGUCAGGAAUACUUUCCAACUGACCCUUCACGAUGUGUGGAGUAUACUACGACUAGAUAAUAUUAUAGAUCUUGUGAAAAUUAUUGUGUUUUUUUUUCUACCCUUAAUGUGCGCUUUAAAAUUAAUAAAUAUUGAGUUGAGUUAUGAUGUAACUUUUUGAAACUUUUUGAGUCGUACCCUGAUAUUGGAGAUAAAGUGCUAUGUAGCCCUAUCGAGAGUUUGCCGGCUUGUAAUAGGGAUUUAAUUAAGGCCCAACAAACAAUCUUGGAACGGGACGAAUAUAAAGCCGAUGUAGCAAAGUUAGAAUAUUGUUUCUUAAAACGUAACAUCCAUGCAAGGUUUUUUGGUUUACCAGUUUGCCCCGAAUUACAUCGUACGGUAUUCCCAAAAAAUGUGGACUUGGGAUGUUUUUUAAAAGUUACAGGUACUGUUGUAAGAGUAACGCAAUCCAAGAUGUUGGAAUAUCAGCGGAAAUAUGUGUGUGUCAAAUGUAAAUUUGAAAACUGUAUUGAAGCUGAAUUUGAGAAUAGAUACAUCUUAAAAGCCCCUUCUAAAUGCGCGAGUGAUGUCAAACCUUGUAGAAGUUCUACCUUUACUCAAGUUCCCCUCGUUUCUAGAGAACAUUGCAAAGAUUAUCAAGAAAUUAAAAUACAGGAGCAAGUAAAUAAACUAAGCAUUGGUACUAUUCCCGGGUCAAUGUGGGUAGUGUUGGAGGAUGAUUUAGUUGACUGUUGCAAACCUGGUGAUGAUGUCAUCAUUUGUGGUACAUUACGGAGACGUUGGCGACCAUCCAGCCACAACAAAAAAUCAGAAGUUGAACUUGUACUACAAGCAAACUUUGUCGAAGUAUCAAAUGCACAGAGGUCAGAGGUUGUGGCAUCUGCUCCCGAUGUUAAGGACUGCUUUGACGAGUUCUGGUUGAAGUAUGAAGCUUGUCCUUUGAAGGGUAGAGACCGUAUACUAGCAUCUGUUUGUCCUCAGGUUUAUGGACUACAUUUAGUGAAGCUUGCAGUACUGCUAACAGUCAUCACUGGUUCAAAUCACGUUGUUGAAAAUGAUGCCAAAAGGUCUGCCCAAGAUGAAAAACAUGCCACUCGCGUAAGAGGGCAGUGUCAUUUGCUCUUAGUAGGAGAUCCAGGUACAGGAAAAUCACAGCUGCUUCGUACUGGAUCAGAAUUGACUGCGCGUUCGGUGUUCACGUCAGGAGCCGGAAGCACUAGAGCAGGGCUCACCUGUGCUGCACUCAGGGAGGAUGGCGAAUGGCAGCUAGAGGCUGGCGCUCUUGUAUUAUCUGACGGAGGUGUUUGUUGCAUUGACGAAAUAUCACAGCUACGGGAACACGACCGAACUGCUAUCCACGAGGCGAUGGAGCAACAAACAAUAUCUGUAGCUAAGGCUGGCAUAGUCUGCAAGCUCAACACAAGAUGUGCCAUAAUAGCCGCGUGCAAUCCAAAGGGGCAUUACGAUACUGAUCAACCACUGAGCGUCAAUGUGUCUCUUGGUACUCCUCUGCUAAGUAGGUUCGAUUUAAUAUUUAUACUACUAGACUCUAAAAACAAAACCUGGGACAAACUUGUGUCAUCAUACAUACUGUUUGGAGAUUCCAAUGCGGUUAAUACUAAGAAAAAAUGGACUCUCGAAAAGUUGCAGAUGUAUAUAAGUCUAGUCGGACCAAAAUAUACUGAAAUGACGAAAUCAGCUAACAUGAUACUUCAAAAGUAUUAUAUGGCGCAAAGAAGAUCUGAGCAUAGAGACCCUUCUCGCACCACAGUCAGAAUGCUAGACAGUUUAGUAAGAUUGUCUCAAGCGCAUUGCAGACUAAUGUAUCGAAAAACAAUCCUGCCAAUGGAUGCAGUAAUAGCAGUUUCACUCGUAGACUUAUCGAUGCAAGAUUGUACGCUUAACGAUACGGUAGACGCUUUACAUUCUACAACUCCCAAAUACCCAGACUUUGAUUACCUAUGCACAGCUAAGAAACUGCUGACUCGACUAAAUCUCCUCGACAUUUGGAGAAAUGAACUUUUAUACUAUGCUAAACUAAUGCAAGUUGACCACAAAACACUUGAAAGCGAUAUAGAAUCAGGCAAUUGUAAAUUAUUUGCCAAACACGAUGACGUCACCGAUGACAAUAUACAUCUUUCUUCAACACUUAUUACUAGUUCUUACUUUAAUAAUAAUAAGAAAUCAAAGAAUGAUACUGAUGAUCAAAUUGAAGAGAACAAUGGUAGAACAGAUAAUAAAUUCAAAGAUCCAGAUAUUCAUGAAAAGUUUGCAGUAACAUUGAAGAAACAUUCGACGUUAAAUAAAGCAGCCAAUGACCCGUCAAAUAUACCAACUAAAAAGGCCAAUAAGCGAAAAAGGAAAGAAGUAGUUGUAGACUCUAGACCCGUUAAAAAUAAAUUGCCAAAGAAAAGAAAGAAAUCUAAGGACAAAAUGAAUCAUGACGAUGAACAAUCCAAUAGUGAAAAUGAAUUAGAAAUAUUAAACGCUGUGCCUAGUGUAAACGACGCUUUAGCUGAUUUAGGCCUUGAUUUCAGUUUUAUGAAAGAAAACAAUAAGAAUAUUGUCGUCAAGUCUGAACCUAAAGAUUUGGAGACAUCUGAUGAGAUUCUUGAUAUUUCUAUAAAAAAUAAUGAUAGUAUAGUUAACAAAAGUCCUAAAGAAGAAUUAAAUAAAAGCGCGUCAAAAGAUAAAACUAUCAAUAAGUUGAAAAUGUUUCAGUUUUCUAGUAAAAAGGAUUUUGAUAAAUAUGAUGAAAAGCCAGGGCAAUCAGCAGAUAAUAAAUCAAAGAGUUUAGUAGUAUCAAAAGAAAACAGAGCAGAUUUGUUGGAGAAUAAACCAUCUACAUCAAAAUCAAAGAUUUCUAUGUUUGAGAAUCUAACAAACUCAUCACAGAAAGACAAAGUAACAAAUAUUUCAGAAUUGAAAGGUAAAGAAAAUAGCAAUUCUUUACAAAUAGUAUCUACUAGUUCUCAACUAUCAAUAUUUGAGAGUUCCGAUUGUGAUAUAGAUUUUGAUAUUUAAUCAUGAAUUAAUGUAUUUUUAAAUAAAUCAAAUUUAAUUUGAA